UCUUGGAGCUCAGUUCUUAGAGCAUGGAAUCCAGCAGCUAGCCGAUUAAGGUGAAAUAUAGGGGGAUUUUGCUAUGGAAGAGAAGCCUGAUUUUGGAUGGAGAUGAAGACGCUUCUCCCGCUGCGCUCUUCGGGCAGCUCCUAUGAGUGGGCCGUGGGUGUCCAGCGCGUGCUAGCGGAUCUCUCCCGGGGACCGGCGGCUAGCCGUGUCAAAUCCGGGGAGAAUCUCUUCGAUUGCAUUCUCGAAAUGCGGCACGAGACGGGAAUGCAAGACUAUGCCAUGCCCGAGAACGCAAGUCGUGGCUUGGAUUUGUUCUUUGGAAAGCUUCUUCCUCAAAAUUUGGCCCGCGAGUUCUUUCAUACAACUUUGCCUUCCAUGGCCAAGCUUGCGCUCGAUCUUCCCAAUCUUUUGGAUGAGCAUGUAAGCAAGGGGCAGCUCUACGGGUUUGGAGUGGAGUCAGGUGAGUUCAUCGCGUGUCUCUUGACGUGUUCAUUUCUUUGCCUCUUUCCUUCUCAAGAUAGAGACAAGUAUAAUCUUCCUGGGAUCAACUUGAACAAGUUUUAUGCGUGCAUAUACGAGAAAAACCACGAUCGAGCAAGCCAACAACACAAAAUGUUGUGCCUACUGCACUACUUUGAACGAGUGUGCCAAGGGAUGCCACAGGGAAUGGUUUCUUACGAGCGUAAGGUCCUGCUUCCUUGGCAAACUAGCGACAUUCUUCGUUUCUGGAGUACAUCCAGGGUACCUUUGUGUAAAUUUCAGGUGUCUGCGACUGGCGACAUUAGCAAUCACAUUGGUGGCGAAGCCUUGGAGGUUGAUUUUGCAAACAAGUAUCUUGGCGGUGGCGCUCUUAGAGCUGGCUGUGUACAGGAAGAGAUUCGUUUCAUGACCAAUCCCGAGUUGAUUGCGGGAAUGCUGUUCUUGCCUAUGAUGGAAGACAACGAGUCCAUAGAGAUAUUUGGAGCUGAAUGCUACUCCAAAUACGAAGGUUAUGGAAAAAGCUUCACUUUUGUUGGCGACCAUCAAGACGAAAGGCCACGAGAUCAAUGGGGCCGACGAAUGACGCGGAUUGUAGCUAUAGAUGCACUCGCAAGGCCGGGUGCUCAGCAAUACAAAUCUGUACUGAUCCUACGCGAGGUGAACAAAGCCUUCUGUGGGUUUCUGGACCGACAUGGAGGUGAAGAUGUUGGCGUAGCAACUGGAAACUGGGGAUGCGGUGCCUUUGGUGGUGAUCUGGAGCUCAAGAGUUUAAUUCAAUGGUUGGCUGCUUCGCAGGCUGGGAGAGCAUACGUGAAGUAUUACACUUUUGCUGAUCCACGCGCUCAGCGGCUGGAAGAGAUUGUGGAAUGGAUGUCACGAGAAUCCUGGACAGUGGGAGAUCUGUGGAACAUCCUGCUCGACUAUGGAAGCAAAAGAGAAGCUGGUGUAAUCGACUGUGGCUUGUUCGAGUGGCUUCGACCGGUCACUGGACUGAGAGCUCUAUUCUCACAGUUGACGAGCAUCUUUAGCAGGCGAAGCUCGGUCUAGAGGACCAACAAUCACCCUCUUGCUCGGCCACUCGACAACCUUCUCAAAGUACUCGCACGGGACACACCCCUCGAAUCCUUCGGUGAGAAGCACAUUGUUGUCCGAGACGUAGAACUUCAUCCCGUCCGCCAUAGCCUUCUCAGUGUCGAGGUAAAUCAGAACUUGGCAAGAGCUUCUCAUUCCGCUGAUGACUCCAUUCUCGUCAGGCAGGCCCGUGGCGAAGUGGACGUGGUUUCGUCCCAUGACUUUGAGACCACUCUCCAAGAUGCUGGGAAGAGCGUGCUUGUAAGUUCCGUGGAUACAAACUGGGAUCUUGUCCGUGGACGAGAUCUCUCGCAGGAGGUGGUCGGAAAGAACCUCUUUGAUCGAGUGCCCCUGGUUUGCGCGGAUGUAGAGCGUCCCAUCCUCCCGGGUCGUCGAGAAGCGCUGCUUGUUAUCCUGCUUCACGGCCUGGAGAACUUCCUCCACGGAGUGAGAGCUGAGUGGUAUCCCAGCUCUAGUUUUCAUUCCAAUCUUUAAGAGCUCGUCCACCUUGCAGUA